AUGGAUCCCUCCCGGGAAUGCCCGUUUUCGGAGGACAGCUUCACCCGCUUCUCCUCCCAGAGCAACAUCUACGGGCUGGCCGCGCUGCCCGGGGCGGCCCGCGGGGGCGGGAGGGGCCCGGGGCAGGAGGAUUUCCCGAGGGGGGCGGGGCUGGGGCCGGAGGAGGUGGGGGUCUCCGAGGGGCCAGGGACGGGCCUGGGGGUCCCUGUGCCCCCCGCCCCCGGGGGGUGCGGGGACGGCCCUGGGGGGCUCCUGGCUGCCACCCUGAAGGGGAAAGUGAUUUAUUUCCGCUACCAAGACCUGAGGCAGAAGCUGCGCCCCGUGGCCAGGGAGCUGCAGUUCACCUAUAUCCCAGGUAAGGAGGCAGGUGGGCUCAGUGGGCGGAGGGGGGCAGUCUGUGGGUUGGAGUGAGGGACCGGGGGACCCAGGUAAUAAUAACAAUAAUAAUAAUAAUAAUUAAUAAUAAUAAAAGGUAAAGGGACCCCUGACCAUUAGGUCCAGUUGUGACUGACUCUGGGGUUGCGGUGCUCAUCUCGCUUUACUGGCCGAGGGAGCCAGUGUACAGCUUCCGGGUCAUGUGGCCAGCAUGUGGCGAACCAGAGCAGUGCACGGAAACACCGUUUACCUUCCCGCCGGAGCGGUACCUACUUAUCUACUUGGACUUUGACAUGCUUUCGAACUGCUAGGUUGGCAGGAGCUGGGACCGAGCAACGGGAGCUCACCCCGUCGCGGGGAUUUGAACCUCCGACCUUCUGAUCAGCAAGCCCUAGGCUCAGUGGUUUAACCCACAGCAACACCCACAUCCCUUACAAUAAUAAUAAUAAUAAUAAUAAUUUAUUAUUUAUACCCCGCCUAUCCGGCUGAGUUUCCCCAACCACUCUCGGCGGCUCCCAAUCGAGUGUUAAAAACAAUACAGAAUUAAAUAUUAAAAACUUCCCUCAACAGGGCUGCAUUCAGAUGUCUUUUAAAAAUAGGAUAGCUGCUUAUUUCCUUGACUUCUGAUGGGAGGGCGUUCCACAGGGCGGGUGCCACCACCGAGAAGGCCCUCUGUCUGUUUCCCUGUAACCUCACCUCUCGCAAUGAGGGAACCGCCAGAAGGGCCUCAGUGUUGGACCUCAGUGUCCGGGUAGAAUGAUGGGGGUGGAGACGCUCCUUCAGGUAUACUGGGCUGAGGCCGUUUAGGGCUUUCAACGUCAGCACCAACACUUUGAAUUGUGCUCGAAAAUGGACUGGGAGCCAAUGCAGAUCUCUCAGGACCGGUGUUAUGUGGUCCCGGCGGCCACUCCCAGUCACCAGUCUAGCUGCCGCAUUCUGGAUUAAUUGCAGUUUCCGGGUCACCUUCAAAGGUAGCCCUGCUCCUCCUCUGCCCCCCCAACCCCCCUCCACCUACGAGAGGAAAUCUCUCAGUUCAGCAUUUCAUUCAUUUCCCUCUCUUCUUGUGUGAUCUUUGUUGGAUGCUAACUGCUGGCAGGUGAUCUCCCUUACCCCACGGUCUCUUUGUGUGUCUCUUUGCUUCUCAGUUGAUGCCGAGAUCGCCUCCAUUGACACUUUCAACAAAUCACCUCCCAAAAGGGGUUUGGUGGUGGGGAUCACCUUUAUUAAGGUAGGUGUGGCUUUCAUCCCUUUGUGAAAUGAUGCGUCGCUUGGCGUGUUUUUCACAAGCAGUGCUUUUGAAAGGCGGAGACCUAAUACUGUAUGGCAUGCAGGGAAGAGAUCUCAGACGUUGACAUCAGGGAAUAAUAAUAACAAUAGUAAUAAUAAUAAUGAUAAAAUUUCUAGUAUGCAACUCAACUGAAUGGGUUGCCUCAGCCACUCUGGGCUGCUUCCAACAAAAUAUAAAGGAAAACAAUGAAGCAUCAAACAUUAAAAGCUUCCUAAAACAGGGCUGCCUUCAGAUAUCUAUGGAAAGUCAUAGGAUUGCUUAUCUCUUUGAUAUUUGAUGGGAGGGCGUUUCACAUGGGGGGCGCCACUACCGAGAAGACCUUCUGCCUGGUUCCCUGUAGCUUCACUUUUCUCAAUGAGAGAAGUGCCAGAAGACCCUCGGAGCUGGACCUCAGUGUCCGGGCUGAGCUAUGGGGGUGGAGGCACUCCUUCAGGUAUACAGAUUAGGUCCUCACAAGAAAAGGUAGUCCUUUAGGUAUUGGGGUCUCGGAGGAUGUGCCGUUCCAUUUUGGCUGGUCCUGCUUCCAAGAAAACUUUCCUUGGGUCAGGUUGUAACUUAAAUUAACACAAUGGUUUACAAUUCUCGUCCUCAGGAUAACCACUUUACAGCAGUACUGGUGUGAUUGGCGGGUAUUUAGUGAUUUUGCUAAUUCAUAUUGUUUUGAGUAGCUGUAUUUGUUGUACUUUCAUUUUAUAUAUUUUUUGUAUCUGCUUACUGCUUUUGGGGCAUCUGGGGCAAAAAGCAGUAUGUAGGUAAAUGAGAACAUAACAUAGCUUAUUGCCGGAUUAAGCCCCAUGACAGUCUUCCUUGGCCUGAAAAAGGAAGACUAGAUAGAACUUUGGUUUGAUCCAGUAGAACUCAUCUUUAAGUGAUUACGUGUACUGCAAAGUCUUCUUGAUGUGAAAUGAACUUGCAUCUUUGCCUGUUUCUCUUCCCAUGUCCACAGGAUUCUGGCGACAAAGCCAGCCCCUUCCUUAACAUUUACUGCGACUAUGAACCAGGAUCUGAAUACAACUUAGAUUCUAUCGCACGUGAGCCUUCAAUAUCUGUUUUUGCCACCUAACCCUGAAAUCAGUGCCCCAAGUUCCCUCCAGUCUCUUCUGUUAUCUCCCUGUUAACCCAUGUCCUGGAAGCAAAAUAUAUCAAAACUGCUUAGAAAACCUUCACGGAUGUAAGAGUCAAAGUGCAGAAUUUGGCGUGAAACAUGGAUUUUCUAGCAAAGCAGUAGUAUCUCCUACCCUAUUCAGGGGGUGGGGAGUUGGAAGUUAAAAGCCAUUAGGUAUUCUAGUUAGUUAUGCCAAGGUAUGAAGCCCAGCAUACACGGCAUGUUUGCAUUUUCAACAGAGAAGACUUCUGAAGCCACCCCUCAAUGGACUAGCACCUUAAGCUCUUAAAAACGCAAUCGCCCCAAAUUCCAAAUUGGGUAAUAUCAAACCCUUGAGAGCUACAACUUCCUUUUCAUUUUGGUCAUGAUACAGUGGUACCUUGGUUUUCGAACAGAAUGUGUUCGAAAACCAAAGCACGGCUUCCAUUUGGCUGCAGGAGUGUCCUCCAGCCAAUUGGAAGCUGCGGCAGAUGUUUGGCUUCCAAAAACCGUUUGAAAACCGGAACUUCCGGAUUUUGAUCGUUCGGGAGCCGACUUUUUUGGGAGCCAAGGUGUUCGGCUUCCAAGGUACGACUGCACUUCCCCUGGAGCACGUUCAUGAUCCAGAGAAGGUUGAUAUAAUAAUAAUAAUAAUAAUAAUAAUAAUAAUAAUUUAUACCCUGUCCAUCUGGCUGGGCUUCCCCAGCCACUCCGGGUGGCUUCCAACAAAAAUAUUAAAAUACUGUAAUACAUCAAACAUUAAAAGCUUCCCUAAACAGGGCUGCCUUCAGAUGUCUUCUAAAAGUAUGGUAGUUGUUGUUCUCUUUGACAUCUGAUGGGAGGGCGUUCCACAGGGAGGGCGCCACUACCGAGAAGGCCCUCUGCCUGGUUCCCUGUAACUUUGCUUCUGGAACUGCCAGAAGGCCCUCGGAGCUGGACCUCAGUGUCCAGGCUGAACGAUGGGGGUGGAGACGCUCCUUCAGAUAUACUGGACCUUUGAGGCUGUUUAGGGCUUUCAAGGUCAGCACCAACACUUUGAAUUGUGCUCGGAAACGUACUGGGAGCCGUACUGAAACAUAGUGGAUGUAUAUUGUCUCUCUCCCCCGCUCCAACUUCCCAGCUAUGGAAACUGGGCAUAUACUUUCUUGUUUUCAGGGAGUAUUUUUCUUUCUAUCCAGAGAGCUGUUUGAACCUGGAACUGCAGUUUACCCCCUUCCAGCUGUAUCAUGCAGAGUACGUAUGCCACUUGCCCUUUCUCAUCUCUCUCUAAAACAAAACCCCUCUUCCCUGCUUUUCCCUUUUUCCUUGUGUGUCAUUCCCACCCCCCCCAACCUGUGGCCAGAGACUGCCCCAUCCUAACUGUUUGUGCGCAAGCCACCCUGGGAGCCCUUUUGGGAUGCAAACACUCUAAAUAAAUUAAAAAAUUAAAAAUAUUUCGGGGACAUUCAUGCAAAACUCUUUAAAAAGAAAAUGCUUCUUCUCUCAUCGCAGAGUCCAGGUUGCUGACCAGCCGGAGACGGUCUUCCUUUUGAGUGGCAAUGACCCUGCGAUCCACUUAUACAAAGAGGUGAGGCCACCAGAUGAAGGUGAGAUUUGGUUUUCCCAUUGCGUUGGAGGCGCCCUGAUGUGACUGUAUUGCUCCGCUCCUCUUUAGAAUGAAGAGCUGCACCAGUUUGAGGAGCAGCCGGUGGAGAACCUCUUUCCGGAACUCAAGGAGCUGCCAAGCAAGUAGGAAGACGGGUUUGCUAUUAAAAACAAGAGAGGGAGAGAGAGAGCUGGUAUGGGGAGAGCAAGUUUUGGUACUACUGUAUGUGUGUGUGUGCAGGAAGGAGGCUUACAGAAGCUCUGAGACUAAGGCCCAGCCUCUCCUCGUAUUUACGGGACCGCCUCUCCUGGUCUGCCCCGCAGAGGACCUUAAGCUCCAUGAAUAAUCAUAGUUUAGAGGUCCCGGGCCCUAAGGAAGUCAGAUUAUCCUCCACCAGGGCCAGGGCCUUCUCAGUGAUGGCUCCGACCUGGUGGAAUUCUCUGUCCCACGAGACCGGGGCCCUGCAGGAUUGGUCUCAACUAGGGCCAGAGCCUUUUCAGUACUGGCCCCGACUUGGUGGAACGCUCUGUCACAAGAGACUAGGACCGUGCGGGACUUGACAUCUUUCCGCAGGGCCUGUAAGACAGAGCUAUUCCGCCUGGCUUUCAAUUUGAACUUGGCCUGAUCUUUUAUUCCCCUUCCUUCUCUCCCCCUCCCCUUUUUUCUGAAGAUCAUCUGCUCUGGGAUCCCACAGCUAAUUCUCCCCUGGUCUCCACGCUGGCCCAAAUAGGACUAAUUUAGCCAGCUAGCCCUGGUGAUCAUCUAUUGGAUGGUUCCCCCCUAAAUUGAUUUUUGAAUUCCGUAUUUAUUAUUCACGUUUAUACUGUAUUUUAUGCUGUUUUUUGCAGCAUCAAUUAAGUGUUUUAAAUUUGUUGUUAGCCGCCCAGAGCCCGGUUUUCUGAACCGGGAAGGGCGGGGUAUAAAUAAAAAUUUACUAUUAUUAUUGUUGUUGUUGUAACUUAAAAAACAGCACAAAAGGAGAAGGGAUGGGGAGGGAGGAGGGGAAAAGCAAAACCGCACAAGGUUGGUUGCAUCCAACCUUGGUCAUACUUGGAGAAAACACUUAAAAAUGCAUGGGCAUGACCAACUUAAGUACAUAAGUUUCAGUGGGGCUACUCGUGAGUAGAGAUCAGUUGCACUCCUCACCUCAAAGGGCGGACUCUGCAUCCCCCAUUCAUCCUUCAUUCUGCCCGACCUCUGUUUUGCCCAGGAAACCACCCACUCCAUUGAUCAUUGCCCUCCUCUCUUCCUUGCAGCGUCCUCUGGUUAGAUGUGUACAACAUUCCAAACUCAGGGCAGCGGAUCACGGCCUUUGGUUGCCAGAGCGGCUACAUUCGAGUCGCCCAUGUUGAACCAGCCAGUCGAGGUAAGCUACCUUUAUUUGUGAUGUUUUAAAAGGAGGUUGACAAGUUUCUCUGCUCAUUGUGGAAUCUUUUUGGAGGGAGGGCGCUGGCUGUGCAAAUGUCCCAGGCUUCAGCACUUGGUAGACCAGCCUUUGACAGCCAGCCUGCAGGAGCUGACGGGAGUUGUAGACCGAGACAGCUGGAGGGCUCCAGGUUGGCAAAGGGUGAAAUUGAAAGGCCCUGUAUGAGAAGCCCCUAUCACUAUUGGCAUUCCACCAGGUCUGCUUAAGCAGGCAUUCCCUUGAAUGUGAACUUUCCUGAUCUAUUUAUAAUAAUAAUAAUAAUAAUUUAUUAUUUAUACCCCGCCCAUCUGGCUGGGCUUCCCCAGCCACUCUGGGCGACUUCCAACAGAACACUAAAGUACAAUAACCUAUUAAACAUUAAAAGCUUCCCUAAACAGGGCUGCCUUCAGAUGUCUUCUAAAAGUUCGGUAGUUAUUUUUCUCUUUGACAUCUGGUGGGAGGGCGUUCCAAAGGGCGGGUGCCACUACCGAGAAGGCCCUCUACCUGGUUCCCUGUAACUUGGCUUCUCGCAGUGAGGGAACCUCCAGAAAGCCCUCGGAGCUGGACUUCAGUGUCCGGGCAGAACAAUGGAGGUUGAGACACCCCUUCAGGUAUACUGGGCCUUUGAGGCUGUUUAGGGCUUUAAAGGUCAGCACCAACACAUUGAAUUGUGUUCGGAAACGUACUGGGAGCCAGUGUAGGUUUUUCAAGACCGGUGUUAUAUGGUCUCGGCGGCCGCUCCCAGUCACCAGUCUAGCCGCAUUCUGGAUUAGUUGUAGUUUCGGGGUCACCUUCAAAGGUAUUCCAACAUUGAGCGCAUUGCAGUAGUCCAAGCAAGAAACAACUAGAGCAUGCACCACUCUGGCCAGACAGUCUGUGGGCAGAUAGGGUCUCAGCCUGCAUACCAGAUGGAGCUGGCAGACAGCUGCCCUGGAUACAGAAUUGACCUGCGUCUCCAUGGACAGCUGUGAGUCCAGAAUGACUCCCAGGCUGCGCACCUGGUCCUUCAGGGGCACAGUCACCCCAUUCAGGACCAGUGAGUCCUCCACACCUGCCCAUUUCCUGCCCCCCAAAAACAGUACUUCUGUCUUGUCAGUAUUUAACCUCAAUCUGUUAGCUGCCACCCAUCCUCCAACCGCCUCCAGACACUCACACAGGACCUUCACCACCUAUUUAAUUGUCUUUAAGUGCUGUGCUUUGUCACUGGUUUGUUUUAUUGUGAAUUUUAAUUAUAGCUGUUUCUAUGGAACUUUAAAAAUAAAAUGUAUAUAUAUAUUAUAAUUGAUUUUAUACUUGUAAACUGCUUAGUCUCCAUCUUGGGGGGGCGGGUAAGUGGCAUAUAAAUAUUCCUAGCAGCACCUUUCUUGAAAACUCAGCCAUUGUGGUGUUGGCUGACUGUCCCCUCUGCCCCUACACCAGUGUGGUGUAGUGGUUAAGAGCAGUUGACUCGUAAUCUGGGGAACCGGGUUCGCUUCCCUGCUCCUCCACAUGCAGCUGCUGGGUGACCUUGGGCCACUUCUGUGAAGUCUCUCAGCCCCACUCACCUCACCUCACAGAGUGUUUGUUGUGGGGGAGGAAGGGAAAGGAGAAUGUGAGCCGCUUUGAGACUCCUUCGGGUAGUGAUAAAGUGGGAUAUCAAAUCCAAACUCUUCUUCUUCUUCUUCUUCUUCUUCUUCUUCUUCUUCUCCUCUGCCCAAGUGGUGCUGCAAAGCUGGAACAUCCAGCAAGACGGUCCCAUCUCCAAAGUCCUGGUGUUUGCUCUGCCAGCUUCCUGCCCUCCAGGCGACCCCUCAGGAACCGUGGCUUCAAAUGGUAAGAAACAAGAGGGGGCCAUGGGCUUCUCUGCAACCUCAGGUGGAGAUAAGGCAGCCUUUCCCAAGCUGGUGCCCUCCGGACAAAUGGUGGAGUCCCAACUCCCACCAUCCCUGAUCAUUUCCUCUGCUGGAUCGGGGUGAUGGGAGCUGACGUCCGCCAGCAUCUGGAGGGCACCAGCUUGUGGGUGGCUGUCAGGGGCGGGUGCCAGGAGCAGGACAGUAAUAACUCACACAGCAUUGGUGAAGUUAACUCUUUAUUCAAAGAAACAAACAGCUCAGGAAACCAGGCCUAGGGAGCACAGCAACUCUUCCCGUUAGAUCUUGUCCCAAUGAGGCAGUUGCGAGGACUGAAGGUCCCUGUCUUCCCACAGUUGCCUAAGCUGCUUCCUUGCUCGGGUUCUUCCCAGGCAACCUGAAACUCUGUCGGCGUGGCUGCCUCUGUUCCGCCCUCUUCAUACCUCUUCUGGUUCUGGGAGCCCUGCAGGAGGGGAUCUGGUUGCAGCGGGAGUGGGAGACCCCCUGGUUUCUUCAGCAGCCUGCCUCAUCUCUGUCUCCUGGCCCUCCUCCUCUCCUGCCUCUGAACUGUUGUCUGCCACAGCCUCUUCCUGCUCACUAAACCCUGUUGCCUCUUCAGCUUCCGAUACCACCACCUCCUCCCAGUCUUUUCCCUCGGACCACUCAUUGUCGUCCCACCAGCGCUCCCCAGGCUCUGAGUCUUCUUCCCCUGGGGGUUCCCCAGCUGUUAACUCCCAGCAUUCUUCUGCAUGUAGCCAGUCCAUGACAUGGCUGAUGUGUAGGAUGAGAGGCUGUUUCGCUCAAGGCUCAACAGCAGGGGUAGGCAACCUAAGGCCCGUGGGCUGGAUCCGGCCCAAUCGCCUUCUCAAUCCGGCCCGCGGAUGGUCUGGGAAUCAGGGUGUUUUUAAAUGAGUAGAAUGUGUGCUUUGAUUUAAAAUGCAUCUCUGGGUUAUUUGUGGGGCAUAGGAAUUCGUUCAUUAUUUUUUUCAAAAUAUAGUCCGGCCCCCCACAAGGUCUGAGGGACGGUGGACUGGGCCACGGCUGAAAAAGGUUGCUGACCCCUGCUCAGCAGCAUUUGGGAACUGUGCAGGUAGCUCCGCUCUUUCUCUGGUGUGGGUUUCUUCUGUCUGUGUGUUUUAAACCUUGGUAUCUUCUCCUGCAGGUAAUGCCUGCCCCCAGGCUCAGAGCUACAGUGUCCUAGUCACCAGCACUCUUGAACUGUCUGUUGUCUACAGGUGAGUGGAGUGUUAAAAACAAUACAGCAUUAAAUAUUAAAAACUUCCCUAAACAGGGCUGCCUUCAGAUGUUUUUUCAAAAUAGGAUAGCUGCUUAUUUCCUUGACAUCUGAUGGGAGGGCGUUCUACAGGGCGGGCGCCACUACCGAGAAGGCCCUGUGUCUGGUUCCCUGUAACCUCACUUCCCGCAUUGAGGGAACCACCAGAAGGCCCUUGGAGCUGGACCUCAGUGUCCGGGCAGAAUGAUGGGGGUGGAGGCGCUCCUUCAGGUAUACAGGACCAAGGCUGUUUAGGUCAGCACUAACACUUUGAAUUGUGCUAUUACUAUUACUAUUACUUCUCUUGAUCAGGUCAUCGGCAUCUGCUGUCUCGUUAUUCAUAUAUGGCAGUAGGUGGUAUCCAUCUAUGUUUUACUCAGCAUAGGCCUAUUGAAGUUAAUGGACCUGCCUUAGCUGUGGUCAUGAAUUUCAGCGUGUCUGCUCUAAGUAAAACUUGGUUGAAUACCACCCAAUGUUGUUGUUUAUUCCUUUCCCCCUUCCAGGAAUGUGCUGCAGAGAGGCCUGGACGACCAGCUGGUCCUUCCCUUGAGUGACCAGUACGACAGCGUCCUGUGUGCCCUCGUGACCGACGUCAAUUUUGACCGUGAACCAGAGAUCCUCCUUGGCACCUAUGGGCAGGUCAGCAGUGAGAGAUCUGCCUUCACCCACCAUGUUGGCUUGGAUGGGUUUAGGGUCAUAAGGUGCUCUUACGUAGGGUGCCUUCUCUAAUCUGGCAUCCUCCAUAGGUUUUUGUUUAUACAGUAAUUGUUUCUGUGUUUUAAACCUAAACUGUGCCCCACCGUUCCUCGCUAGGGGCUGUUACCACAAAGCAGCCCAUGAAAACAAAAAAAAUAUGAAAAUUGCAAAUGAUAGCUCAGACUGCCACCUGCAGGACAGACUCCUACAGCCUUAAAAACCCUGUACAAACAGGCAGAUCAUAGAAUCAAGAAAUGUAAAGUUGGAAGGGAGCCAGUGUCCAACCCUGUGCAGUGCAGGAAUCUCCACUAAAUAAUCCCUGACCGCUGGCCUUCCAACCUUGGUUAAAAAGCCUUUAGUGAAGGAGACUCCACCACCUACUGAAGGAGUCUGUUUCACUGUCAAACAGCAGUUACCCCCAGAAAAUUAUUCCCAGUGUUUAGUUUGAAUCUCCUUUCUUGUAACUUGAAGCCAUUGAUUCGAGUCCUACCCUCCAGAGCUGGAGAACUUACACUUGCUCCCUCUUCCAUGUGACAGCCCUUCAGAUAUUUGAAGAUGGCUCUCUCAGUCUCCUCUUUUCCAGGCUAAACAUACCCAGCUCCUUCAACCGUUACUCAUCAGGCUUGGUUUCCAGACCCUUGAUAAGGGGUCAGCAACCUUUUUCAGCCGUGGGCCGGUCCACCGUCCCUCAGACCAUGUGGUGGGCCGGACGAUAUUUUUUGGGGAGAAUGAACGAAUUCCUAUGCCCCACAAAUAACCCAUAGAUGCAUUUUAAAUAAAAGCACACAUUCUACUGGGACGCGGGUAGCGCUGUGGGUUAAACCACAGAGCCUAGGACUUGCUGAUCAGAAGGUCGGCGGUUCGAAUCCCUGCAAUGGGGUGAGCUCCCAUUGCUCGGUCCCUGCUCCUGCCAACCUAGCAGUUCGAAAGCACGUCAAAGUGCAAGUAGAUAAAUAGGAACUGCUCCUACGGGAAGGUAAACAGUGUUUCCGUGCGCUGCUCUGGUUUGCCAGAAGCGGCUUAGUCAUGCUGGCCACAUGACCCGGAAGCUGGACGCCGGCUCCCUCGGCCAAUAAAGUGAGAUGAGCGCCGCAACCCCAGAGUCGGCCACGACUGGACCUAACGGUCAGGGGUCCCUUUACCUUUUACACAUUCUACUCAUGUAGAAACACCAGGCAGGCCCCACAAAUAACCCAGAGAUGCAUUUUAAAUAAAAGGACACAUUCUACUCAUGUAAAAACACACUGAUUCCCGGACCGUCCACGGGCCGGAUUGAGAAGGCGAUUGGGCCGCAUCUGGCCCACGGGCCUUAGGUUGCCUACCCCUGCCCUUGAUCAUCUUGGUCACCCUCCUCUGCGUACCUUCCAGCUUGUCAACAUCCUCCUUAAAUUGUGGUGCCCAGAACUGGACGCAGCAGUUUGUCAGUAUCCUUUAAUGCUCAUCGGUUGAUCGCAGGAAACAUAACUAGAAUUCCUUGGUCUUCUAGGAGCUUUUGUGCUACAAGUACCGGGCCCCGGAUGCUACAGCGGGAGUCCAGCCCUCCAGCCCGUCCGACGGGGAGUUCCACCUGCUCUGGCAGCGCACUUUCCCCAGCCCCCUCCUCUGCAUGGAGUAUGUCGACCUCACCUGUGACGGCCUCUGCGAACUGGCUGUGGUGUGUCUCAAAGGGCUGCAUAUCCUCCAGGUGAGUGUAUUGGCAUGGACUUUCUCAAUCUUGGGUCCCCAGAUCCCAUCAUCCCUGACCAUGGGUCCUGGUACCCAGGAACGAUGGUAAUUGUAGUCCCAACAACUGCUGGAGACCCAAGUUCGAGAGAGGCUGCCGUACCACAUCCAUUUCACGUUUUCGACUGCACUUCAUUUCCUUUUUCUCCAAAACACUUUGCUGUUUUCACAUAUUGCUGCAAGGAGGAGGGGUUUUCUCUACCCCUGUGGCAGAGUAAGGACUGCACAGUUUUCCCCUUUGUAUUCCUGGAAGCAAGAAGCUUGGGUACUUCAAAUAUUUUAAAGGGCAGCAUUCAGUGAAGAGGCCUGCCAUAUCCCUGAGGACUCAUCCUGCCCUGGCAAUGACUUCUUCCUUGCCCACUAAGCAGAGAGAAUAAACACCAUCUGAAAGUGCCUAAUAAAUUAAAGAGAAGUUAUCCCAAAUAACUUCCAGCCAGAUUUGCAUUCUUUAAAUGCAGUGAGUUGGCAGGAAGCCCAGAUCCACAGGUGUCAAAUCUGCUUAGAGCUGCCAACUUUUGCUUCUGACACACAUUUUUUUUUGGGGGGGGGAAACACCCCCCCCAACCUUCCAUUUUAAAAUUCAGCUUCAUGUGCUGACAUAUCCCCCCCCCCCCCAUUCAGCAAAGCCUAACAUUACAAACCCGUUUUUUUUAUUCCCAGUCCUAGAAUGCUGGGUAGAUCUGACUCAAAGUGUCACACCCCAUCAUUCCUGUUUGUUUAUUUUUUACAUUUAUAUCCCGCUUCUCCUCCAAGGAGCUUAAGGUGAUAUACAAGGUUCUCCUCCUGCUCCCCAUUUUACCCUUACAACACCCGUGUGCGGAAAAUUAGACUCAGAGGCAGUGACUGAUUCCAAGGCCACCCAGUGAGCUUCAUGGCUGGGGUGUAGAUUCAAACCCAGCUCCUAGUCCAAACCCGCUCUAAGCACUAUACCACACUGAUUCCUUCUGGGAGCUUCCUCCUUUUUGUUGCUGAGUGGCUGGCAAGUUGCGCGGAGCCCUUUCAAGGCUUUGCUCACCUCCUUCCCGCAUAUUCCCUUGUGCAACGAUGAUUCCCUUCUCUAUUCAUAUUUAUUGCCUUUGGUGUCCCCUGAAUCGUUACAAAAUCAUUUUAUUAUUAUUAUUAUUUAUUGAAUUUAUAUACCGCUCUAUACCUGGCGGUCUCAGGGCUGUUCACAGAAUAAAAUCAAGAUAUAAAACCACAAAUACCUAAUAAAAAUACAAACAACAACUCAAUAACGCCAGACGAGCUUCCCUGGGGAGAGCAUUCCACAGACGGGGAGCCACUGGAGAGAAGGCCCCGUUCUCGUGUUGCCAUCCUUCGGACCUCUCGAUGAGGGGGCACACAGAGGAGGGCCUCAGAAUAAUAAUAAUAAUAAUAAUAAUAAUAAUAAUAAUAAUAAAUAAUAAUAAUUUAUACCCUGCCCAUCUGGCUGGGUUUCACCAGCCACUCCAGGCUUCCAACGGAAUAUUAAAAUACAAUAACCUAUUAAACAUUAAAAGCUUCCCUAAACAGGGCUGCCUUCAGAUGUCUUCUAAAAGUCUGGUAGUUGUUGUUCUCUUUGAUAUCUGGUGGGAGGGCGUUCCAUAGGGCGGGUGCCACCACCGAGAAGGCCCUCUGCCUGGUUCCCUGUAACUUGGCUUCUCUCAGCAAGGGAACUGCCAGAAGGCCCUUGGCGCUGGACCUCAGUGUCCAGGCUGAACGAUGGGGGUGGAGACGCUCCUUCAGGUAUACUGGGCCUUUGAGGCCGUUUAGGACUUUAAAGGUCAGCGCCAAUACUUUGAAUUGUGCUCGGAAACGUACUGAUGAUCUCAGGGUCUGGGUAGGUUCAUAUGGGAAGAGGCGGUCCAUGAAGUAUUGCGGUCCUGAGCCUUCGCUUCAAGGGACCAUUAUUGAGGCACCUGAUGAACUUGGGGAUGAGCAAAUUCCUUCAGAAUAAAACCUUUCCUCUUGCUUCUUCCCCCACCCCCAUCUUCCUUGCCCCCAACAGCACAGCCUGACGCAGACGGCAGAGUGCCUCUUAGAGCGGCUCCGGUUGAAAGUUGCCAGCCGGGCGGCCCAGCCGGCGCUUCCUGCGCAUCACCAAGAUGCCAAGCCUGAGGAUGGCGAUGGGAGAGGACCAAAGGAGUGAUGGGUGUAGCUGCUGCGCCCUCUUGCCUGUUCGUUUUGCCCAGAAACCAGGGAUUAGUGGCCUCCCGAGGGGACAGGACCUUCCGAGCUCUGCCAUGGCACCGCAGAAGGAAACGAGGACCAAAUCACUGGUUAUGGUGCCGGAGUAAGGAGAUGCGGGGUCCACUCACGACCCCCCAAGCAACGUUUCUCGGCUGUGUCUUGGCUUCUUGGCCCCAGGAAAGAAACCUCUUCCACGAGUCUCCUUGUGAACCGUUCUCAUUCCAUCUCUCUCCCCUCUCCCCCGGCACUUCUCUUAAAGGCUGGCCUGACCAAGAACUCUAUAAAUAGGGAAUAAAUUUUGUACACUAAGCAGGAUCUUCUCUCUGUGUUUGUGGCGAAGGCUGGCGUUCCUAAUUCAAAGAAUAAUAGAAUUGUUCCGCUGCUAAACGACUCUUGCUGUCAGAAAGUUCUUCCUAAAGUUUGUUCGGAAUCUCCUUUCUCGUCAUUUGGCUUGGGCACUGUGUCUUCGGCACUCCAACGCAACAUCUCUG